UUUCCACGGCAUUCUUUGGGCGUGAGUCAUGCAGGUUUGCAGCCAGCCCCACAGUGGGUGGAUCCCGGGCAGAGCGUUAUAAAUGCAGGCGCCUCACGGCGCUCCGCACGCGGCGUCGCUAGGAGGAGCGCGCAGGCACCGGGCACCGCUGACCGAGGCGUGCUAGGAUUCCAGAACCGGAGAAGGAGACAGAAUGAAGACUCUGCUGCUGGUGGUGGGGCUGCUGCUGACCUGGCAGAAUGGACAGGUGCUGGGUGACAAGGCCAUCUCAGACAAAGAGCUCCAGGAAAUGUCCACUGAGGGGAAUAAGUACAUUAAUAAGGAAAUUAAAAAUGCCCUCAAGGAGGUGAAGCAGAUAAAGACCCUGAUAGAGGAGACAAAUGAAGAGCGCAAAACACUGCUUGGCACCUUAGAGGAAGCUAAGAAGAAGAAAGAGGAUGCCCUAAGUGAGACCAGGGAUUCCGAAGCAAAGCUGAAGGCAUCCGAGGGGCUGUGCAACGAGACCAUGACGGCCCUGUGGGAGGAGUGCAAACCCUGCCUGAAGCAGACCUGCAUGAAGUUCUACGCGCGUGUCUGCAGGAGCGGCUCGGGACUGGUGGGCCAGCAGCUCGAGGAGUUCCUGAACCAGAGCUCCCCUUUCUACUUCUGGAUCAACGGGGACCGCAUUGACUCCCUGCUGGAGAACGACCGGCAGCAGAGCCACGUGAUGGACGUCAUGCAGGACAGCUUCGCCCGCGCGUCCAGCAUCAUGGACGAGCUCUUCCAGGACCGCUUCUUCAGCCGGGGGCCCCAGGACACUUUCUUCUACUCACCCUUCGGCCCGUCCCAGAGGAGAUCGCUCUUCUUCAAUCCCAAGUCCCGCUUCGCCCGAAACUUAAUGCCUUUCCCCAUGUUCGAACCCCUGAGCUUCCACAACAUGUUCCAGCCCUUCUUCGACAUGAUACACCGGGCCCAACAGGCCAUGGACGUCCACCUCCAUAGCAUGCCCUAUCACUUCCCGACGGCGGAGUUCCCAGGAGAAAAUGCUAACCGCACCGUGUGCAAGGAGAUCCGCCACAACUCCACGGGGUGCCUGCGGAUGAAGGACCAGUGCGACAAGUGCCGGGAGAUCUUGUCUGUGGACUGUUCAACCAACAACCCUGCUCAGAUGCAGCUGCGCCAGGAGCUGAACACGUCCCUCCAGCUGGCCGAGAAGUUCAGCAAGCUGUACGACCAGCUGCUGCAGUCCUAUCAGCAGAAGAUGCUCAACACGUCCUCUCUGCUGGCACAGCUGAACGAGCAGUUCAGCUGGGUGUCCCGGCUGGCCAACCUCACGCAGGGCGAAGGCCAGCAGUAUUUCCAGGUCACUACGGUGAGCUCCCACAACUCCGACCCCAGCGUUCCCUCCGGCCUCACCAAGGUGGUUGUGAAUCUGUUUGAUUCCCAGCCCAUCACUGUGACGGUUCCGGAAGAAGUCUCCAAUCCUAAGUUCAUGGAGACCGUGGUGGAGAAAGCACUGCAGAAAUAUCGCCAAAAGCACCGGGAAGAGUGAGAUGUGAACGCUGCUUUUCUACAUAUGGGGGCAUCUGAGUCCCGCUGCCCCCGAGAUGAGCCACAGGCCCCUAGAGAGAUCGCUGCACAUCACCAUGUGACCAGGCCCCGGGCUAGAGGCCCUCCUGACUCCCCCACCCCAUCCCCACCCCUGGCCCCAGACUCUCCUCCCUCUGGACUCCACACUCUAAUGCCUGCAUUCGCUGAUCAUGGGAAGAGCUUCCCUGCAUGCCAUUAACUCAAUAAACCGCCUUGUAAUCUGAA